AAGGCCCGGGGGCACAUCCCUGCGGCGCCGAUUGGGGACCGAGGCCGCGAGGGCCAGCGGGAAAACGCACACAUAUUUUGGGUGAUUCGGACAUUGUCCCAUAAGGUCAUCGGACAGCUGUCACUUACAGGGAGAAUGAUCAGGUCUGCAUUUUAGAGUCGCCUCUUCCACCGUGAAAAUUGAAGGCAACUGUUGGUAAAAUGAUAUUGAAGCCACAGUUCCAUGCCAGGAACAGUUCUAAAUGCCCCGUGAAUUGCAGCGAUCUAGGUACAAGGUACUAUGUAUUAGGUGGAGGUCACGAUGGCGCUCCCCUCGGAGAGGAGCAACGACACCCUGCUGCCUGACUUGCCUGGUGGGCCCCUGUGCGCGUUCCGGGCUCGCGCGUCCUUCAGCUGGAGACAGCUGGCGCUGUUCCUGGAAAGUGAAAGCGAGCUGCGCCUGAAGAAAGCCAUCUUCUCGACUCUGGAGAAUGACCCCCUGUUUGCCCGUCCCUGUGGAGGUGACCUCUCAAUGGAGAAGUACCGGGAACUGAGCUUCCUGCGCUACAGACGGAUCUUCGAGUAUGACUUCCUCUCCAUGCAGAACAUGCUCACCAGCCCUCUGCAAAUGUCCACGUUCAUCAGCUGCCUGGGCAUGUAUGACUGGUCCCUGGCCACCAAAUUCUUCCUGAGUGUAUUGACUUUUGGAUCAGCAAUCUACAGCUCUGGUUCUAAAAGACACUUGAAAUACAUUCUGCAGCUUCUCAGUAUGGAGAUUUUUGGAUGUUUUGCUCUGACUGAAUUAAGUCACGGGAGCAAUACGAAGGCCAUCCGAACUACCGCUCACUAUGACCCCGCCACCGAGGAAUUCAUCAUACAUUCCCCUGAUUUUGAAGCCGCCAAGUUUUGGAUCGGCAACUUGGGCAAGACAGCCACUCACGCGUUGGUGUUUGCUCAGCUCUGCAUGCCAGGCGGCCAGUGCCACGGACUGCACGCCUUUGUCGUGCAGAUUCGGGACCCAAAGACCCUCCUUCCCAUGCCAGGGGUGAUGGUUGGUGACCUAGGGAAGAAGCUCGGGCAGAACGGUCUGGACAAUGGAUUUGCUAUGUUCCACAAGGUUAGGAUUCCUCGCCAAGACCUCCUGAACCGGACUGGAGAUGUCACCCCUGAGGGCACCUAUGUCACCCCCUUUAAGGACAGCAGGCAGCGCUUUGGAGCUUCCCUGGGCAGCUUAUCCUUCGGCCGGGUCUCCAUCAUUUGCAUGUCCGUCAGUAACUUAAAGAUGGCCGUGUCCAUAGCGCUGCGCUUCUCAGCCACUCGGCGUCAGUUCGGCCCAACAGAUGGGGAGGAGAUACCGGUGCUCGAGUACCAGAUGCAGCAGUGGCGCUUGCUCCCAUACCUGGCGGCUGCCUACGCUUUAGACCACUUUUCCAAGUCGCUGUUCGUGGACAUGGCAGAGUUUUACCGAGACGUUCUGAAGAAGAACUGGAGCGCCAGGCAGGCAGAGCUCGGACGUGAGAUCCACGCCUUGACGUCAGCUGGCAAGCCCCUGGCCUCGUGGACUGCCCAGCGGGGAAUUCAGGAAUGCCGGGAGGCGUGCGGUGGACACGGCUAUCUGGCCAUGAAUCGCCUGGGCAACCUCAGAGACGACAAUGACCCGAACUGCACAUACGAAGGUGACAACAAUGUCCUGCUGCAGCAGACCAGCAACUACCUGCUCGGCCUGUGGGCUCGCCAGGGCCAAGGUGGCGCUCGCUUUGAGAGCCCUCUGAAGACCGUGAACUUUCUGGAAGCCUCUUCAGACAUCCUUGGCCGGAGGUUCGAGGGCCCCAGCGGCGGCGGCUGCCUGGACUCCUCAGUCCCCCUGGCAGCCUACGAGUGGUUGGUUUGUUACCUGCUCCAAGAGAGUCACCAAAAGUUGGAUCAAGAGAAAAGGUCAGGAAAGAAUGACUUUGAUGCAAGAAACAACUGCCAGGUGUAUUACUGCCGCUCCUUGGCCCUGGCGUUCCUGGAGCUCACCGUGGUGCGGAGGUUCCAUGCGUACACACAUCAGCCCAGCGUGCCGCCCUCGCUGCGGGCCGUGCUGGGGCGGCUCAGUGCCCUCUACGCCCUGUGGUCCCUGAGCCAGCACACGGCGCUGCUCUACCGAGGUGGCUACUUUUCUGGCGAGCAAGCAGGUAAAAUGAUAGAGAACGCCAUCUUGGACCUGUGCUCCCAGCUGAAAGACGAUGCGGUGGCCCUGGUGGACGUGAUCGCCCCUCCCGACUUUGUGCUGGACUCACCGAUCGGCAGAGCCGACGGCCAGCUCUACAGAAACCUCUGGAGCGGUGUCCUGCAGCAAAGCCAGGUGCUGGAGCGGGCCUCGUGGUGGGCGGAGGUCUCCACCAACAAGUCUGUCGUGGGCAGUCGGAAAGCCAAGCUGUAGCUACGCCAGCACAGGUCCAGCCAGUCUAACUGAGCAAAUCAAGCUAAUGACGACAUUGACCUCAAAUUCUAGUUCCAGGAAAUACGAUUCCUUCCACUCCCUGAACGUGCAUCCCCGCGCUUACCUGCUGGUUCUCCCACUGCACCCGAGCCCACGGGCCCCUCCUGGGCUGGGCUCACCUGAGUCGCACCAGGAGGAAUAACACCUGAAGCACAGGACUGGUUUGGAAAAAGCCUCUACAAUCGCAUCUGCUUGGUGGACUGUCGAUUUUUGAUCAUUGGAACUUUACACAUUGUAUUUUCACAUACUAAAUAUAAUGCUGACUGCUCAUAAUCAGGGAUUUUCUGGUCAGAUACUCUGCAUUUAUCUGAGGUGGUUAACAAAGUGUGCUUCACUAAGCACUGAAUGAUGCCAAUCUGAUUCUUUACUAACCCCAGUUUGACUUUAUCACAUAAUUAAAUUAUAUUAUAACCUUA